UCUCCGGAGUAAACAGAGGUAUUUAUAUGUGUCGCUUUAAACCUGAGUUUUUAUUAAAUACAUGAGAUAUAAUAAAGUGAUGAAGAGGAAGAGGUUCUUCACCCCGCUGGAGGUGUCCUCUCACAACACGGAGGCCGACCUGUGGGUCUCUUUCCUGGGCAAAGUGUGCGACCUCACCCCGCUGAUGGAGGAGCACAAAGGAGACGUCUUGCUGCUGCCCAUCCUGGAGUUCGCUGGGCGGGACAUCAGCCGCUGGUUCGAUCCCGACACCAACGACGUGCUCAGGUACGUGGACCCCCUCACUAACUGCGUGAGGUUCUUCACCCCGAGGGGCCGCUUCCUGCACGUCCCCCCUGCCGGGCCUCGCUCUGAUUGGCCCUCGAUCAGGGGCGCCCCCUGGUGGAGGGACGAGCGUUACGUGGUGGGAAACCUGUCGAGGAAAACCCGCUGGAUCCGGAUCGUCAACACGUUGACAUCCCAGGAGCAGCGGCUGCAGGUGUGCAGUGAGGAGACCCUGCAGGAGGUGCAGCUCCGGUACCUGGAGGUCAACGCUCACGCCGGGAGCUACACCUGGACGCACAGCGGGGGGGCGGUACUGGACCUGAGCCGGACUCUGGAGGAGAACCAGGUCCGAGACGAGGACCAGGAGGACCUGAGGAUGACCUCUGACCUCUGCCCCCCCGCCGUGCUGCUGCUCUACAACGACGACCUGACCGAGGGGUAACCUCUGGUGACCCUCUGAUGACCUCUGGUGACCCUCUGAUGACCUCUGGUGACCCUCUGAUGACCUCUGGUGACCUCUGAGGAUAUAUAACAGAGAGUGAUUCAAUAAAUA